AUGUACCGCACCAAAGUCAACUUAGCCUGCCAGCUGCUCACAGUGAUAGCCGCGGUAAUCGAGUUGAUGUCAUUGUUGACUAUCGAUGAGAUUGCGCUGAAGUACGGCUCCAAUGCUCUUAUACGGGAAAAUGGGGGCAAAUGUUUGCCCGAUUCGGAGGCCAACGCCUUAACCGAAUCCAAAUGGAGUCCAAAAGACUGCAAACAAAUACUGUUUUCGCUGAAUGAAGUGCUGUUCAUUCAAUUGGGUUUCGUGUCCAACGAUGAAGACUAUUAUGAUAUGAACAACUCAUUCAUGGAUAAAGUGAUUGACAAUCGGUUGGGAAUUCCGAUAACUGAGAGUGAGUCCACUAAUCGGUGGGCGUAUAUCGAUGUGUACCGAAGUGGGCAACUGUUGAGCCCGACAUCAGCCCUAUUCCAGGACCACAGCAGCGCUGACAUCGAGUGUAUGGGUGUGUGCUCUGCGCGCGACCUCUUCUCCCGGAUGUGUCGUAAUCUCGUUGAGAUCGGACGACAGCAGGAGAUCUCAUCGGAAGGACUCAUAUGUCUGCGCAAUGCACUGGAAUUGCUAUGCAUUCUGGCGCCCGAUGACAAUGAGCCGCAACUACUCCUCUCCAGAGUGUACUUACAUUUGAACAUCAAUUUAGAAGAAGUGAAUGAAAUGUUACAAAAGAUCAGCGAAAGGGAUCCCAACUCUAUCGGUGUUGUGAUGUUUUUGCGACAAUCGGUGGCGAGUCAACUGUCGGCCAAACGCAAUACCAGCGCCAAUAGCCGCAAGACAUGCGUCAAACGACGCAAAGACAACAGUGAUAUCAAAUACGCCAUCGGAAUGAUUAUGUCUCACAUUAAAUAUAACUAUCGGUGCGUUAUAUACGGGUGGGACUCGAAGUGUGCGGCGAGUCGUGAUUGGAUCUAUCAAAUGGGUGUCUAUAAUCUGCCGAAUAAGGAUAAGCAGCCCUUCUAUAACGUGUUGGUAGAGGACGGCUCCAGCCGUUACGCGGCGCAGGAGAACCUCCAGCCCAGCGAUGAGCCCCUGGAGAUCAAACACCCAGAGGUCGGCAAGUAUUUCAAAGAGUUUGCCGAAACUCAUUACAUACCCAAUGAACAAAAGGCCGACGAAUACCCGGACGACGAGUCGGCUGUCGAUAGUAUAUUGAAAACAUAGAGUGUUUUUUAAUUACAAAAUUAAUUAAUUACAAAACUUUUAUCGAUUAGUUGUGCCACGC